CACGAAGGGAGACCUCAUCGCUGAAGAGCUCGCCGGGUCAAGCCAUUGAUUCAGCGACACCACCACCACCCUCAUCUCCGCUCACACAUCCAGCAUGCUGUCCCGUGCUGCUCGUCCCGCCUUCAGGGCUGGCGCGGCGCAAACACUGCGGCCUGCCGCUGUGACCUCGCCUGCCGCUCAGGCUGCCAACUAUGCCACUCUCCGCCAGAUCGAAGGCCGUCUGAAGUCUCUCAAGAACAUUGAGAAGAUCACGAAGACCAUGAAAAUCGUCGCCUCUACCAAGCUCACCAAGGCCCAGAAGAACAUGGAGACCGGACGAGCUUUCGGAAAGACUUCCAACACUGUGUUCGAGGAGGCUGAGACGAAGCCAUUGGAAACGGAGAACAAGAAGGUGCUGCUCGUGGUCUGCAGCUCUGACAAGGGUCUGUGCGGUGGUAUCCAUUCGGGUCUCUCUCGUGCUGCGCGCCGCUUGUUCGAGCAGGAGCCAGCCGACUACAACAUUGUCUGCGUUGGAGAGAAGUCAAAGGCACAGCUGAGCAGAUCCAACCCGAAGGACAUGGUGCUCUCGUUCGCUGGUAUUGGCAAGGACGUCCCAACAUUCGCCGAUGCUUCUGCGAUUGCCGACCAGAUCACCCUCCUCCCAACCGACUACUCGAGCAUCAAGAUCUUGUACAACAAGUUCAACAACGCGACAUCAUAUGAGCCAACCAUCAUUGAGGCGUACUCUGAAGAAGCCAUCAAGGAGUCACCAAACUUCUCCAACUUCGAGAUUGAUGACGCAGUCCUCGGUAACCUGCGCGAGUAUGCUCUCGCAAACUCCCUUUUCUGGGCACUUGCUGAGGGUCACGCUUGCGAAAUCUCCGCUCGUCGCAAUGCCAUGGACAACGCCUCCAAGAACGCCGGAGAGAUGAUUGACAAGUUCCAAAUCCUCUUCAACCGAACGAGACAGGCUGUCAUUACUGGCCAGCUCGUUGAGAUUAUUUCUGGUGCCGCCGCAUCGGAGGAUGCUUAGAUGUAGAAAAGCUACAACAGGCAGAGCGAACAGUGUCGUGUUGUACUGUACAUAUAGCGUCAGACAGUCAGAGCGAAUUGUGAGAGUCUCCUUUGUCAUGCAUGUUCAAUUUUGGAGCUGUCUCGAGCCAUUUUGCG